AUGAACCUCCCACAAGACUUUCGCCGAGCGCCGUCCCUACUGAGGUGCCUCUUUCAGCGCGUGACCGAGUUCAAAACGCUCCUGGGCUGGAGCCAAGUGCAAAACUGCAGUGCGCCGCUGAGUCUAAAUCCAGCCCCAAGAAGCGUGGCCGUCCUCCCAAGCGACCCCUCCCCGAGGACCACGGCCCACUGAGUCGCACUGACAGGAGUAAAGAUUUUUACACUCCCGAAAAGGGGAACCGGCAGCUGAAGAUCAGGAGGCUGAUUAACGAGAUGAAAAAAAGAAAGAAGAGGAGACUUCACAAGGUAAUGCUGUCCGGGUAUGUGGGGAAAGAGGCAGGAGGAGGUCAGGCAGCAGAUGGCGAGACCUCGCUGAGAAUGAGUAAAUCGAUAGAGGCUACAACGGUACACACACUCUCGGCUCUGUCUUCCUCCUUCGGGAGCAAGUUGGGCCCUCAGAUCAAUGUGAGCAAGAGGGGAACAAUCUACAUGGGCAAGAGACGAGGACGCAAGCCUAAAGCCCAAACAGCAAACAGCACGCAGUCGUCGCUGUUUCACAAUCCCUCCGAAACCUCGCUCUUCUCAUCCAACCAACCCCAGCAUCCUCCCUCUCACCCAUUUCCUUCUCCAUCUCUCACACACUCCAGCGGGGCCCAGAGCCCCUAUAGUGAAGGCAGCCUCACAGAACCAACAUCAUCCCUGCUUUUUCCUCCCCCGUUCUCCCUCCCUUCCCCAUCAUCCUCCUGCCCCUCCCCCCGCCCUCCCUCCUCCUCAUCCUACUCUCCCUUUGUGAAGAAGAGUUGCCCAUGUCAAGGAAGGCAUCAUUUCCCCUUUCACCAGUCUUCGUGUAAGCUCUCCGGUCCCACCCCUCCACUGCACCACACAUCAGGCUCUCCCGGCCACCUGAAAGAGGCCACCCCCUCCCCUAGGAGUGAGUCGCACAGCGAGGACACGCUGCCUAGCGAUAGUGGGAUUGGAACGGAUAACAACAGCGUUUCAGAGCGACUAGAGAUGAGGGGGAAUAGAGGCUUGUUCCGGUUGAGUCAGGGGCCAGGAUUGAUUCUGGGGGGUCAAAGGCACCCCUCCUCUCCUGUCUCUCUAAUGCAGAGACACACGAACCUCAUCACCAACUCAACUCACAUGGAGCGGCACAGAGACAGACACAGGCACAGGCAAAGGGAUUACGACUGUCCCUCCUCCUGUACUUGCUUGUGCCCGUGCUCCUGCCAAGGACACAACAAGUGUACUCAUUUGGACUGUUACUCAUGUCAUGGACUUAACGCCCUGAAGAGACAGAAAAAUAAACAUAAGAAGAAGCACCAGCAGCUCCACAUGCAGGAUCCCGAGUUCCUGGCCGAGCUAGAAGAUCUGAUUGCUCAGUUCAGCGAGGUGCACAUAGGUCGGCGAAGUUGGGUGAGGACCGGAGUCGGCCAGGGCUUUGACGGUAGUAGAAACGCUGCUGGGGGAAGGCGCCAUCAGUCCUCCCAUUCUCUCCGCUCCAACAUCUUCAGGAUCAAUCUGAACGGCUUCUACUCUCCCCACUCUUCAUCUUACUCCGCUAAUCCCUCCUUUUCCCCGCAGCCUUUCUACCCCUGCCAGCCGGUGCAUUGCAGCAGGAAGCCGGACAGCCGGCAAUGUGGUUGCUCGUCAAAAUUUCAGGAUUGCAUUGAAAACAUGGGCUUUUACAGCGGCUAUCCCCCAGCCACGACACUUUACCACCAUCUGCCCAGCUCUUACCAGCUUCCCUCGCCACACCAGUACGCCCCCCAUCAGCCCCAUCAUACACACUUCCUCCUCAACCCCGCCCGAUUCCACCGGCGGAGGAGCAGGUUGCUGCGAGAGGGAGCUUUAGGCGGAGAGAUUGAGGGAGAUGUAGGAGGCAGCGGAGGAACCCCACACCUCAGCUCGGGGUUCACAUCCAGCCACCCCUGUGCCUGCGGGAGGAGCGAACCCAAACACCGGCAUAAACACCGCCACCGGCACAGCGACCGAGACAUUGAGGAGGAGGAGGAGUUACACGACGAGGUGGAGGAAGAUGGAAUUGAGAGAGGGGGGUUGACAAAGCCACGGUCAGGGUUCAUUUUGGGGCAAAGUGAGGGAGGAAGGAAAAGGGCUAGAGGAAUGGUGUCCGCUGCUGCUGCCACAUCCUCAUCAUCGUCAUCACCCUCAGGAGAGAGGUUCAAACACACACGUCUCACCUCGCUGGGCCUCGGUUCCUCUCACCUGUCUUCAUUUGGAGGAAGCUGGGGCGGUCUAGGCCAGAACUGGACAAAAUUUGGGGGCAUGGGCGGGACGGGGUUCGGAAAUACAACUCCAAGCUGGAGAGGCUUCACUGGAGAGGAACAUACGGGCGGACAUAUCGCAUCAGACGGAGAGGACGAAGACGGCGAGGACGAGUCACACCUGUACAGGACGUCGCCGUCCCCGACACACACCAACCUGUUCACGUCAGCUGCUUUGGCGGCAGGAGGGAGGGGUCUGAGGAGCGGAUUGGCCGGUAGGACUCCAGGCCGGGGGGACAGGUCAUGGAGGAAAGAUGAGCCAGCGUGGACUGAGAGGAGAGAAGCAGGUUUACAAGGUGAUUCGAGAAGCCCGGGGCAGCAUAAAACCGUGCCAACGCCGGACAGCGCGGCGGGGGGAGGGAAGCGAAGGCCAGGGCGACCCAGAAAGCAUCCGCUGCCCUCCGCCAUGUCCUCCGCGUCGCACUCCUCCGCAGCUGCUCUGCGCGUCUCUCCACCCGACCUCUUGCCGGAACGCAACAGAGACGGGAGAGACGUGGGAGGGCCGGAGAGAGACAGGGGAGGCGACACAGCGCAGCAGGUGACCGAGUUGGAGCUGCAGGCCAGGAAGAAAAGGGGACGGAAAAGAAAACACGGUGAAUCUCCUUGUCAUCAGAGUGCCGCUGAGGAUAAACCCGGGUGUGACACCCCCCCUGAAUGCUUUAGUCCGUCAGAUGUUGACCAGGCUCAAUCUCAACCAGCAACCAUCCAAAGAGAGGAACGAGCAGACGGGCCUCCCAGGAAGACAUUCCUUAGGGCGGGUCUUUACUCUGAUGAUUACAAAACCUUAGACCCGCCCUCCCAAGCCCGGCAGCUGUGCAAAGAGAGUAUGGAUUACUCACCGGGGGAGCAUGAAUACAGCCUUUUACCUGCUCCCAUAAAUGUUGGGAAGUACCUGAGGCUGAAGAGGAUUCAUUUCCAGUUACCUUAUGACGUUAUGUGCUUGUGGCAGAACAAUCAGCUUCAAAAGCAGCCUGCUGUCCCCCUUAAGAGAAAGCGGCGUUACUGCCGGCUGAAGGAGAGGACGGUAUCCGCUCACAGGACAGGGGAGAGCUGUGGCGACAUUAGCAGCUUGUUUCCGCACCUCGACAUGGAGCCUCUGACCAGCAGCGAGAGGAGCUUUGUGGUGAAACAUCGCGUGUUCCUCGUGAGGAACUGGGAGCUCGUGAGAGACCGACAGAUCCGACUGAGGAUAGCGGGGGAGGGGGACGCAGAGGGAGAGGAGCAGGACUCGCAGUGUCUGUCCCGCGAUGGAGCCGAUGGGGACGACGGCCACAUCAAGUCAGAUCAGCAAGUGGGGAAGGUGACGGUUAUCAACGGUGUCCCACGCCAUCAGAGUCAGGACACCUCCAGCUUGCUCACUGACGGCCCCAGUCCCAGAACCCAGAACGGAAAAGAGGAGGAAGAAGAGGAAGAAAAACGAGGGGAAGAACAGGUCUGCUGCAGAGAACAGAGGAGGAAACGUCUGAAUGAUUUACUUUUGACCCUGCAGCAUUCAUAAGCUAACAAUGAGAGGUGGGACCACUCGGAAAAAAGGGACCAGGCCCACGACCGUUCAGAUGUCACAGUACUGCUAUCAACAGUAGUAGUGCCGAUGGAAACCAGUGAGAAAAGGAGGAAGCGUGAUGGGGUAUUAUAGCAGCUGAUAAAUGCAAGAAAAACAUCUCACACACACACAGGCGCGCGCUCUGAACGGCAUCACACCAACGAUGAAACCAUGGCAACGCAGCUUUGGUCCAAUCCGCAAAGGAUGAGAGAAACUGAGACAAACUCCCGGAUGAAUGAAUGAAAUAAAAAGAAACAGACCAGCUGGAAUGAAUUUGCACUAGUGCUGGAUGAUCAAGCACACUAAAGACUGUAUGUAUGCUGAGUGAACUAUAAACACACUAACACACACACUCAUACUGUACACUUUGAUUGCUCUUACUAAGGCACCUUAAGCAAAGACAGACAUUGGUCAGAGUCUGCAAGUGGACAUAUAUGGUACUCAGCAUCACAGCUCUGAUGUUUCCAAGAGACGAGGAGCUCAUACAAACAUGUAGCCUGGGCUCUAGGUAGGUCAAGACUUAACCUUCAUUUACUCAUUAAGCUUUCAAAGUCAUAUUGCACCUUUGGGAAAUAACACAAGGAUCAAUGAACCAGUUGAAAGCUUUUGAGACAAUGGAAUGUUUUUUUUCCUUCACUUUACCAAGACAGUGUCUGCUAUGUACCAGUGAAUAGGCAGGGAUGGAGGGGGGGGGGGGGGGGGGCUUCGUAAUUGGGAUUUUGGCAUCACUGCAAGAGAAUUUCUAAUGAGGUUUUAAGAAAGAAGUUAUUUUUGGAGAGAAAAGAAAGCUUAAGCACUGUCUGCUUAAGAGAUGAGCAAAAUAUAUUCACGAUAAGAAUGUUUAUUAUUGACUAUUUUCAGUAUUGCUUCGUUGGGAAGGGGCAAAAAAGCGCUUUGUUUACUUCAGACUGCCUUUGAGAAUGUUUUUGCUCGAGAGCAUUGACAAUCAGAAUGUCCUACGGGGAAGAGAGGAAACAUAACUAGAAUUGAUUCCCCCCCAAAUGCUCUGUAGAAGUGCCAUGUUGUCUUGUGUCCCUACCUAAGCAAACUCAUACAGUCUUUAAAAGCAAUAUCUCAUCCAAUAAGGACUACAUAAGGACUUCCGUUAUGUUUUUUGUUGUUGUGAAUAUCUGAGGAUUGGAGGUCAUUUUUCUGUACAGUGGCAUAGUAGGUUGUUCUCAUGUUAGAAGCAUUGGGCCAAUCCACUUACUGGUUUUACCCAUAAGCGUUUAGUUUGAUGUGAAUGUACAUAGAGAGAGACCGGUUUUCAUUCUCUCAGCGGUAGGGUGUGAAAUGAGUAGUUUACAUGACAAUACUAUUGGGAUUAUACAUUGAACGUAUUAAUUAAAUUAAUAUUUGGUUUUACCAACAUGUUUUUAACGCAGUAUAAAGCUGACCAAUAUAUCACUAAUUCUUUUCCUAGAAUUGACUAUGAUUGUAUCUGAUUUUUUUUGUGGAAUUACAUCAUUUGUCUAUUGUUAGCUACGCGUACAUUUUUCAUUUUCUAAUUAUUGGUUUGGACAAUCAGUGACAGUGAUUUAGUCUUUCCAGUGUUACAUUUCUGCUCUAAUUCAGUAGUGUGGCUUUAAAUAACAAGCCAAGAAAGUGCAAUUUCUUUGACUGUUUACAUGCUGUAUGUAUAUUUUUCCUCUCGCUUUUUUUAACUAAGAGCACUACAUUAUUGCCAGUGGGUAAUUAACUUUAUAGCAAAGGUACAUAAAGAGUUAUUUAUCUAGUUGCAUGACAUGUAACCUUUCCUGUUGCCUCUGAUAAUAUGCAUCUGAAAAACAAAACAUCAAAAACAGUUAUAACUCAAUGCCAUAGAAUGUCAGCUAAGACUAUUUGCCUCUAUAACCAUGAUAAUAAAAGCAUUUUAUGUAUACUAGCACUGAA